AUGGCAGCUGCCGACGACCAACCCGGCAAUCAGGAUGCCAUCCCUCUACGCAGCCGAGACUCCAUAGACGAACUGGGCAGCCAAGAGGGCGACAGGCUGGUCCGCGACGACGAUGACGAUGACGGCGACGCAGCUGCCGCCGUCGCGCACCAGAAGCUGGCCGUGGUGUCGGGCAUCACCAACAGCGCUCCCAUAUCGGUCGUGGCCUACUGUCUCGCCUCCAUCAGCAUGACCGUCGUCAACAAGUUCGUCGUGUCGGGUGAUUCGUGGAAUCUGACCUUCUUCUACCUCGCCGCUCAGAAUGUCAUCUGCAUCGCCGCCAUCACCGCCUGCAAGAAGGCUGGGCUGAUCAAGGAUCUCGCGCCUGUCACGGUGGAGAAGUCUAAGAAGUGGUUCCCCGUCUCCCUCCUGCUGGUGGGAAUGAUCUACACGAGCACCAAGGCGCUGCAGUUCCUCUCGGUACCGGUGUACACCAUCUUCAAGAACCUGACCAUCAUCGCCAUCGCGUACGGCGAGGUCUUCCUGUUCGGCGGCAGCGUGACGCGCAUAGCCCUGGGAGCCUUCAGCCUGAUGGUUCUCAGCUCCGUGGUGGCGGCCGUGUCGGACGUGAGGAGCGCCAGGGGCGGGCAGAUGGGCGACGACGCCAUGGCGGCCCUCAACGCCGGGUACUUCUGGAUGGCGCUCAACGUGGUGUGCACGGCGACGUUUACGCUGUCGCUGCGCAAGGUCAUCAAGUUCAUGGACUUCCGCGACUGGGACACCAUGUACUACAACAACCUGCUGUCCAUCCCUGUGCUCGUGGCCGCCACGCUGCUGGCCGAGGACUGGUCGGCCGACAACCUCGCCCGCAACUUCCCCGACGGCCAGCGCAACAGCAUCCUGAUGGGCAUCGUCUACUCGGGCCUCGCCGCCAUCUUCAUCUCGUACUGCUCCGCCUGGUGCAUCCGCGUCACGUCGUCCACCACCUACUCCAUGGUCGGGGCCCUCAACAAGCUCCCCAUCGCCAUAAGCGGGCUCAUCUUCUUCUCGGCCCCCGUCACCGUCGGCAGCGUGUCGGCCAUCCUCAUCGGCUUUGUCAGUGGUAUCGUCUACGCAGGCGGCGCCUACGAGGUAGAUUUUGAGAUUGAGUGA